AUGUCUCUGCUUAAGCUUCCCAAAUGCUGCACAGUACAAGCCUUUGAAUUUGCUGCAAAUGUGUGUCUUGGCCUUGUGAUUUUGAGUUUACCAGGAGAUUUAUUGGACAGCAAACACACGAACCUAGAGCUGAUUGGCAAGUGGAAAACUUUGGAGGUAUUUGUCCAAAGGCCUGUUCAUGGACGUGAGGCAUUGUCAAUUGUGAAGUUGGUGCCUAAUAUCAAGUACUUAAAUUUGAAGGGUACAAAAGUUAAUCGGGAUGGUCUUCUCAUGUUGCUAUGCAGAUGCAAAGAUCUGGUGAUGUUGGAUGCUAGAGAUUGUUUUGGUUUCAAUGAGAACGAUGAUGAAAUAUCAAAGCUUGUGUCUCAUAUUAGUAAAUUUAUGUGUGAGGGUUAUGAAUUUCUUGAAUUUCUUUGUUGUAUGGACAAUUUUGUUCUUCCUGUUGAUGGAUACUCAUUUAGUCUACAUGUGGAGGAGACGUGGGAUGAAAUGCUCAAUGAUUUGAGCGACGAGGAAUGA